GCUGGAGCUCCGCCCUCUGGGAGCCGUUAGCGAGAGCCGGCCGCGCUGCGGGCAGGAGGCGGCGGCGGCGGCUGUAGCCGUCGCCGCCGGGGGCGGUGGCCCUGCUGGGAGCCCUUCCCUGGGGUCGGGCUCGGUGGAGACCCCGGGCCCUGAGGAGAGCUACGCGCGCGGAGCAGGGGUGAUGGGGCCGAGAGCGCGGGCGGCGGCGCGGCGCUGCUGACCGCGAAGAAGCCCGGAGGCCGGCCGCGCCCCGUCCCCGUCCCCGUCCCCGCCGGCGCCCCGGGCCGGCGGCAGCAGCGUUCGCAGCGGCGGCGGCGUCGCGGCAAGCGGGCCCGGGGGCGGCGGCGCGGGUGGUGGCCGUGGCGGCGGAGCAGCUCUUCCCGGCCGCGUGCGGGGCCCGGCGGGCGCUUCGCGGAGGCCCCCGCCCCGCGUCCUCCAGCCCGCGCAGCCCGGCUGCGGCAGCAGCGAAGGCGUCCCCGACCGCUACGGUCCAUGGAGUUGGAGAACCUCGUGGCGAACUCGCUGCUGCUGAAGGCGCGCCUCGGAGGAUAUGGCAAAAAAAGUGGUCGUAGUAAAAAAUGGAGGGAGAUGCUGAAGCUGCCCCCUGUUAGCCAGUGCAACGAGCUUAGACAAUCCAUUGAAAAGGAUUACAGCAGUCUGUGCGACAAGCAGCCAAUAGGAAGGCUCCUCUUCCGGCAGUUCUGUAGCACCCAGCACAGCCUGAGGCGGUGCAUUGAGUUCCUGGACGCGGUGGCAGAAUAUGAAGUCUCCCCUGACGAGGACCGAAGAGAGCGCGGACAGUUAGUCCUAAACACGUUCUUCAUUAAUGAGGUGUCAGAAUCCUCUUCCAUUGAAGGCUGGAUAAUGCCCUUUGAACGGGUGGACCACACUUGGUUGGCCCACGCAUCUACCCACGGACGCUGGGUCGCGCCUGCCUCUGGCUGUUGUAACGCGGCAGCCCCUUUACCCCGGAUUUCUGCCCAUGCUGUGAGAUCGUGCAGGCUGCGACUGAAGGAGAUCCCCUCCAAAGAGCUGUUCAAGGAAUGUGUCAGAGUUGUCCAUCGCUAUUUAAGUGGAAAGCCAUUUGAAGAAUACCAAGAGAGCCCAUAUUUUUCUCGAUUUUUACAGUGGAAAUGGCUGGAAAGGCAGCCAGUAACAAAGAAAACAUUUAGACAUUACAGAGUUCUAGGAAAAGGCGGAUUUGGAGAGGUUUAUGCCUGUCAAGUGAGAGCUACAGGGAAAAUGUAUGCCUGUAAAAAGAUGCUAAAGAAAAGAAUAAAAAGGAGGAACGGCGAAGCCAUGGCCCUGAAUGAGAAAAGACUCCUGGAAAAAGUGCAAAGUAGAUUUGUAGUGAGCUUGUGCUACACGUACGAAACCAAAGACGCCCUGUGCUUGGUGCUCACCAUCAUGAACGGAGGGGACUUGAAGUUCCACAUCUACAACCUGGGCAGCCCCGGCAUCGACGAGCAGAGAGCGGUUUUCUACGCGGCAGAGCUGUGCUGCGGCCUGGAGGACCUGCAGAGGGAGCGGAUCGUGUACAGAGACUUAAAGCCUGAGAACAUUCUCCUCGACGACCGCGGACAUAUCCGGAUUUCAGAUCUCGGUUUAGCCAUGGAGGUCCCAGAAGGGGAGACAAUUCGAGGAAGAGUUGGAACAGUCGGCUACAUGGCUCCUGAAGUUAUCAAUAAUGAAGCCUAUACCUAUGGCCCUGACUGGUGGGGGCUUGGCUGUCUGCUCUAUGAGAUGAUUCAGGGCCAUGCUCCAUUCAGAAAAUGCAAAGAGAAAGUCAAGCGGGAGGAGGUGGAGCGGCGCGUGAAGGAGGACACGGAGCUGUACUCCCAGCGGUUCUCGGAGGACGCGGAGUCCAUCUGCCGGAUGUUACUCACCAAGGACCCCAAGCAGCGCCUGGGCUGCCAGGGUGAUGGAGCAGCUGGUGUGCGAAAGCACCCCCUGUUCAAGAACAUUAACUUCAAGAGGCUGGAAGUACACAUGUUAGAGCCCCCGUUCUGCCCUGACCUGCUCUUGGUUGGGGGCGGUCCCACACCUGAGGCAGGAAGACGGUGGCUGCAGAGAAGAUGGAAAAGAAGAUGUGUUGGAGCCGAUGCACUCUGGGCUCCAGCCUGUCAUGGAAAGGGGGAGUCCGUGCUGGGGUACAAGCAGACUCUGAAGGAGAACCUGCAUUCCAGAACUUCCAGACAAGCUGGUCCGUCUCUCCUCACACACCCUGAUGUGGAACUACAGAGCAAAGACACAGAAAACCAUAAGCAGCCGGAGAGGAAAAACCAAACCAAACCAUUACACUCAAAGGAGUAACGACUGACUUCUUAGGAACAAGAAUGAGAAAUGGAAGACAGUCAUGUUCAGAUCUUUAAUUUGCUGACAGGAAGUGUCUGCCAACCUUGAAUUCCAUACCCAAACAAAAGCCUAUUAAGAAUGAUGGCAAAAUGAUGACAUUUUCAGAUAAAUGGAAAUGGAGAGAUUUCAGCAAUAGAAGAUCCACUGUAAGGAAUUCUAAAGGGCAUUUUCCAUGCAGAAGGACAUGACCCCAGAUGGAAGAUGACAGGGGCAGGAAGGAAUGAAGAGGAAUAGAAAUGGCACAUAUGGGAGUCCGUGGAAAUAGAUGUUGACUGCUCAAAACAGCAGUGACUUUCUAUGCCCUUUGCAGUGUGGGUGUGUUUUUGUAGAAUUAAAAUGUGCUGGCCCAG